ACGAUGUCACAAGACAAGAUCUCGCGACGCUGAUACAACAUGAAAGAAGAGCGCUUUUCAGCCCGAUGAACGUUAAAAAUACCUUCUACGCUUUCUUAUCUUAAAGGAAAGAUAACAUACGCUUUAUCAAGUGGUUGGAUUGACUGAAGUGCACGUGUCGAUGAUUUUCCCGUAGAAUGGAUACACACUGAUGUGAGUAAUUUCUCGAAGAGACCCCGCGAAAAGACUCCAAUAUGGCGUCUGGAUUAGGUAAAUUAGGCGAAACUUAUCUGAACAUCGAUCACGCGAGUACUUCUCCUCAACUGUUUAGUGAGGAGGAUUACAGUGGUUAUUCAGGCUACCCCAUAAACGAGAGCAGCUUCAACGAAAGCGCAGUAUCGCCCAGUGUCGUGAAGCGCCCUCUACGAGUGAUCAUACCAAUAGUUACCGCCAUGUCGUUUGUAAGCCUUAUCACCUGCAUUGGCAACGCCCUGGUGAUCGUUGCGGUACGAACGGACCGACGACUUCGAACAGUGAGCAAUUAUUUCAUUCUCAGUCUUGCUGUUGCGGACCUACUCAUUGGAACCCUCGUGAUGCCGUUAAGUAUUAUCUACUUUGUGGAAGGCAAAUGGAUACUCGGUCUCAUCGUGUGCGAAACAUGGUUAACCGUCGACUACGUCACCUGUACGGCUUCCAUAUUCAAUCUCUUCAUUCUCAGUCUCGACCGGUACUGGUCAAUCAGCUCCCCGUUAAAAUACAUGAAGAAAAGAACUCCACGUCGCGCCAUGCUUAUGAUAAGCUUGGCUUGGUGUCUUUCUUUUUCAUGGAUCGUACCGGUGUGGGGCUGGCAUUACUUUGAACGGGAUGGCGAACCCAGGGGUGUCCCGUCCGACGAGUGCGACACGGAAUUCGGCUCCAAUAUAAUAUUUAAAGUCCUGACAGCAAUACUCAAUUUCUACAUUCCGUUAGUGUCCAUGCUUUUCGUUUAUGGGAAGAUAUUUUAUGAAAUCAAGACAAGGUCCAAAAUGUGUGUCGGGCAAAGGUCUAGCGGUAACAAAAAAUAUUCGAUCAGACACUCUGCUCAUAUGAUUCCGUUACCCGUGGCGGUCGAUGUUUGUCCAAACACUCCUUCAAAUGAGGAACCGGAAGAAGUGGAAGAACAAAAUGCUUCGUGGAUACCAGACUACGAUUCAUUAAGCACAAGCAAAGACACCUCACAGGAAUACGCUGACCAGAGCGAAUCGUGUCCACCAAAUAUCGCUGCUAAACGUAUAAAGAAAGGAGAGGUUGAUCAUCAGUUAAAGAACAUCUCGCACUUAACAUUAGCAACUAUGGGUCUUGCGGGUAUAGUAGGUCCAAGUAUGAUGGGUGUGCCCUCGGGGCAGCGGAUACUUAAGAGGAAAAGGGCCGAAAAGGAAGCGCUCGCUAUAAAGCAAGUAAAAAGAAUUCUGCCUGAAGAGAACAACAGACCCAGAAUAGAAACGAUUCAUGUUCCAAUGAUAAAAGAACCAUCUAAUAGCACUUCGAGUGGCACUGUUGAUCCACAGUUGGACGGUGAGAUCAUUCAAAUGAAAGAAAUAAACGGUAAUGUAUCACAUAACAAGUCCAUUCUCCGGCAAGAAGAAGCGUUUUUAUGUCCGGAUCGUGCUCCAAAUGGGACGGCGAAAAGGAGAAUUUCAUUUACUGUUGAUUCGGUUGCAUCCAAAGAAGAACUUGAACCAUUGCGAAGAAACUCUUACGACGAAAGAAAGACAACAAGCCCUAAGUACCGGGGAGUUAGGUAUAACAAAGAGAGCUCCAGCCCUACUCACCUUCUUCCAACUGAUAAUAUAAGCCCGGAUAAUUUGUCUCCCAGUCGGGCUAUACCUAAAGCUCAAGUAAAGAACGGUGGGGUCGCCGGUCGAUUCUCCUUUGCAAGGUUUAGUAUUCGGCAUGGGAAGACAAGUGAGUUCCUACGGGAUCGCAUCAAACGCUUCUCGUUAAACAAAGAACGAAAAGCUGCCAAACAGCUAGGUAUCAUUGUCAGUUGUUUCAUCACAUGUUGGCUACCGUAUUUCAUCUCCUUCAUGGUUAUCGCUUACUGUCCGACCUGUGUAAACCCGAAUGUCCACUAUGCUCUGAUAUGGCUGGGAUACUUGAACUCAACCAUGAACCCCUUUAUCUAUCCAUUGUGUAACAGUAACUUUAGGAAAGCCUUUAAGAAGAUCUUCGGCAUCACUUCGUGUAGAUCUUCAACCAAACCCAAACCCCAGACCAGAUCAAUGUACAGAAGACCGAAAAACAAAUGAGCUGCUUAUAAUGUCUUGAAACAAAAUUAUUCAUUAAGUGCCAGAUAUCAAAUUAUGUAGAUAUAUUUUUGCGAAGUAAUUGAUGUAUAGGAAAUUACAUAUAAUAUACCAAUAAAUCGGAUACAGCUUUACGUAUUAUAGCAUUCACAUAUAUCUCAUAUUUGAAAGGAAAUACGGAAAUCUUUCAGAACAAGAUCUAAGAGUUGUAACAACGAUGCGGUUGUAGUGAGGAAGCAACUAGGUGACGUCCACACAAAUAAAACAGAUCAUAAAGUUGCUUAGAAACCAUUUUUAUCCAAAUUUAUAAGAUUAACUGUCAUUGCCAUAGCAAAGUAGCAAUUUAAGGGCUUGAUACGAAAUCUUUAAAUGAUAUUCAAAAGAAUUAUUGCAGGGUUAUUUUUACUUUUGUCAGAACCUUACAAUGUUCAGGUAUUAUUUUGUCUGUAUUCCCUUUACAAAGUCAAACCUGGGCCCCGUCUUAUAACGAAUUGCGAUUGAUUCGAAUCAAUUCCAAGUCCUCCAAUCAAUCGCAAAUUUGCAGUCUCCUAUCUCUUAUGUACAUAGUUACGAUUGAUAUCAAUCGCAAAUAAGUUGCGAUCAAUCGCAACUGUUUGUAAGACAGGGCCCUGGUGUCUUUAAUAUUCGUAGUUCAUUUUUUGUUGUUGUAUCAUCAGACUAUUAAACUGUUUCAUGUGCAUGUGUGUAGUCCACAAUGCCGUUAUGCUAAAAGUAGGGUUAGAUAUUUGAAGAUUGAUGUUCAUGCAUUUUUCAUAGGAACCUAUCACGACCCUGACGUCGCAUAGAUUCCAAGGUCUUACAACAUUCCCUCGCAACAUAAACUGUACACUUUCUAUAACCGACUGGAAACUAUACAACCCUGACAUCACGGGACGUACUAUUCGUAACUGAACGGUCCCUAGACAUAUGACCUCAUCUUACGACUACCUACUUCGGCUGCAGCCUGUGAGACCCAUGGCCCACGAGACCAACAGCCAAUGAGACAGAAAUUUUGGUCUCAUAAUCCUUUGAAUUGUAACAGAAGCUCCAUGGACCGACAGCUAGCGAGACCGACGGCCCAUGAGACCUUCGACAUCUCUUGGGAUUCACCAUAACCGACAUUGUCCGUAUUGUGGGCUGUCGUUUGACUGGGAUAUGUACCCCCGACUGACUUUACCUCAUAUGACCUGACUUCGUGUUACAAAACAGAGGUUUACUAUGCAAAUCAAUUUUUUUUAAUCCUGAAGAAUAUACGGUUUAAAAUUAGUAAAAAACUUUGUAUAACAUCGACAGGAGAAUGUUUUAUGUUCACCUUACAUAUUUGUGAAUGACUCGCCGACUAUCUUGAGCAGUCAUAUUUAUGAAUAAAUACCACAAUCCCUUUAUGCUAGUUAUAAUUUAUAUUUUAAAAAUACGUUGUUUUUCGUCAAAAUAAAAUGUUAUAACAAGGGAAAAGAGACAUGGGACAUGAUACUGACAACCAGACUGCUGAUAACAAUGUGAUAUCCAUGUAGCGACAGGCUGAUAUAAUGGUCGGACAUCACUUCGAGGUCCAGAUCAUCAUUUGACUUGACUCUUGCUAAAUGAAUAUGAACUACCACACUAGAAGGACAUGGACAAUCACUGCUAUUCCUACACGGACAUCGUCAUUUGGGAGCACUUAAAUCGUUUGGAAAUUGCUUUGAUUUUACGUGUACGAGACGGACAAGAAAACCCUAUUUUGUGCUACAUCUACCCUAAUUUCUAGACGACCAAUUUCCAUUUGAUUUCAUGAAAAUAAAUACUGAUGGACUAAACAUAAAUGUUCGACAACAUAAAACUCGAUGCAGACGACAAAUUUUAUGAUCGACAUACUUUUUCUUAUUAACCUUUAAAUCAGGGCCAAGACUUGAGCUUAGAGCAGAUAAGCUGAUCGUAGUUGAAAGACACGAUGUCAUGCAACCAAAGUUUCCAUUAGAAAACGGGAUUACUUACAUUUAGAACAGAGGAAAGAUCUUACGACCGCAACAUUAAAUUUACAUCAAGGUCACGAAACCUCUUGUUUUUCACUGUUGAUAAUGUUAGUAAUAUAAACAUAUUUUUUUCAUCGGAUAAGCAGUAUUCCAUUUGAAAAAGAUAUUCAUAUGGUUUCGACGAUGACACGUUAGGAGAGGACUUUUCUUUCUUUACACCCUUCAUCACAAACACCGCUUACGUGACUUUACGUGACAAAAAACUUGACUUUUUGACUAUAGACUAUACUGACGCUUUGACAUUCAUUCCAUAUUUAUAAAAUUACGUGGCACGUUGCUUAUUACCUGAAUAAACUAAAUUAUGCACUACUGACGUUGUGUACUACCUACUCCAGAGCCAAUAAAUGGUACAAGGAUUUACCUCAAAGGUUAUACGUGACCAUGCUGACGAAAUUAAAAGAGUUUGCCCACCCACCCUCUUACUGGUUCAGUAACAGUGCUCAAAGCUACUUUGUUUUCUGAUUUAAUCUGUUUAAUUUGAUUAAGAAACGAUGUAGAUAAAAUGUUUAGCUUGAUCUAAACGUUAAAUUAAAAGCUAACUUGGCUGUUGACUAGACAGUGAAUUGUCAACUUAGAUAUAAACCAAACUGACCUAGACAAGACUUUCAAAGACGAGUAAUUAUCAAUUAUUUCGACCUAAUUUUGUGAAAGAACUUUUAAAUCUCUCUCCUGCGCAUUCUACGUUGACUGACAAUAACAACUGCACUGAGUUUUCUUGCCAAUUCAAUACUUAAACAAUUGAAAUCGGACUGUUCGACACUUGGACAUCCGGAAAUAAGAGAAAAUCUAGACAAUAUUGGACCAAAAAUAAAUGAGGUAUGUUUCAUAUGAAUGGCCUUGAUAUUUAUGAUAAUAUCAUAUACGCUCGGGAACAAGAGAAAUGACAGACAUCCAAUGAGCUCUAUACUGAUAAUGGUAUACGAAUGACGGGACAACCAAAACGUGACUUGAGAGACGCCACAAGAAUGACUUUUACAUUGGACCGAUCUUCCUUCGGAAUGAUCUCCUUGACAAGAUGGACUAAAAGCACAAGAUAUUUUACUUAUGGACUGAAGAAUAUAUGGACACCACUAAAAUGAUUUUCCAAUUGUACAUGACAAUAAAGACAACUUUGAAUGACCUUGGAAAUGUGACUACAUGUUCGUCUAGCUCUAUUUCUUUGCCUGCAAACCGAUUACGACAGCUCUCUGUUUGAUGUGACGAUGACGAAUUAAACACAUCCCCACUGGGAUACAGGACUACAUGGAUACCACUGAAAUAACUUACCGAUGCAACAAGGCACAUAGAGAUGUACCCGAGUGAUUUCUUAACGAGACCCAUGAAUAAACAUGCACCCAAGUGGCUUUAAAAUGGGACAUAGGACUUAAGAGACACUCCAAAACUACUUCAAACGGGACACAGGACUUUAAAGACGACCCGAAAGUCACAAGAUGGAUACAGGCAGAGACUGGACCUUGAAGUUCUGAACACAACCAUGAAUAGCUUUCCCAGUAGAACAGAGGACUUUAGAGCCCAUAAUGACUUUCAUCCAUUGGAUGAUAAGGGGAUGCCUUCAAAAAGAGUCUCCAAUAAGGCAAAUGACCGAAGAGAACUUCCCAAAUGGCUCCUCACUGAGAAAAAGGACAAUACAGACACCUGAUGGCUUUGCAGUAGGACAUGGAACGGAAGAGAGGUAUAUAAAAGAAUGGAUCGCCAAUUGGACUAACUACGUUAGAUAUCUCCUGAAAGAAUAUGGAAGAGGAGGACACCGGACUUUAGAGACUUUCGACUUUUCCUAUCGGACAUGAUAGUGUACUGACACCGCCAGAGCGACUCCCAAAAAUGACACAGGAUUGUACCAAAGACACCGCAGGAAAACUAUCUGGAUGACUAGACCAUGAAUUGUUACCUGGGACACAUACCACCCAAUCGAUUUUCAACUCGGACAAUAUUUAUUAUCAAAAGACAGGACGAUGCCAUCUGGACAAUCACUUGUAGCAUGACAAGUUACCAUUGGACAUCUGACACCGUGUUGUUAAACCCAAUAAUGACUUUACUCAUAAAGUUUACCCCAAAAUUACGAAUUUAAACUCGACGUUGCAAGACUCGUCACCGGUACUCGGACGAUAUAGGGUACCUCUAAAACCGUUUCAACUAGACAAUAAAGACUACAAAAACUACUAAAGAACGCGACGCCAUCUACAAUUCACCGCUCACUACCAGACUUUCUAGAAAACAUUGUAACCAUUACUUUAAUAUGGCAACUUAACAUACGUAAUGAAAUCAAAUCAAUGCGAAAAGACCUCUAGAUAGGUUAAACUCUUAUAAAGUUAUGCUGCAAUAUUUAUAUAUUCCGAUUAUGCCAGAUGUAAUUUGUAAACUACGGCCAUAAGCACGUUCCCUUUUCUUGUCCAUAAUAUUUUUAGCAUUGUAUUUUUUACUUCAAUCAUCUUUUAUCAUUAUUAUUGCGUUCGCACAUUAGUGUUACAUAUUUAUUUAUUUGUGUACUUAUUGUUGUCAUUAUUACCUUUUUAUUGUGAUGCGUUUUUAUCUUUUGGGGUUAUAUAUAUA